GCGUGUCCGGAGGGAGGGAGGGAGAACUUCCGGGUCGCCCCGCUCCCCCUCAGAGAGCGCGUCGUGAAGGAGGGGGCAGAGGCCCCGGGUUGGCGCCCCCUCCCGAAGGCGGUUGUCUAAGAUUUUCCCCUACCUCGCAGAGGACUGCAGCAUCGCCCAUCGAAUGUCCUUUGGCAGUACUUGAACAACCUGGAUAUGUUGCCAAAUAUUUCCAAAUGAUUUUAUAGUUUGACCCAAUGAUUUUUCUGGAUAUAUGUUUCUCUCUUCAAGAAUAAGUGCAGAGUCCAAAUCCUGAUCACUGGCAGAUAUUUUUUAUUUUAAAAACAUGGACCAUCUUGCUAGGGAGAAAGAUGAAAGGCGACCAACAAAAGGAACUCUAGUAAGAAGUACCCACAAUUCCCGCGGAUCAGGUUCCUCUUCAGCUGCUGGUGUUCUUAUGGUUGGGCCCAAUUUCAGAGUUGGCAAGAAGAUCGGAUGUGGGAACUUCGGGGAGCUCAGACUAGGGAAAAAUCUUUAUACAAAUGAAUAUGUAGCAAUCAAACUGGAACCAUUAAAAUCACGUGCCCCACAGUUGCAUUUAGAAUACAGGUUUUAUAAACACAUCGGCUGCACAGUUGAAGGCUUCCCACAGGUUUACUACUAUGGACCAUGUGGAAAGUACAAUGCCAUGGUUCUUGAGCUCCUUGGUCCCAGUUUGGAAGACCUGUUUGAUCUCUGUGAUAGAACAUUCACUCUGAAGACAGUCCUAAUGAUAGCAAUCCAGCUGAUCACUCGGAUGGAAUUUGUGCACUCAAAGAACCUCAUUUAUCGAGAUGUCAAGCCAGAAAACUUCCUUAUUGGCCGGCAAGGAAAUAAGAAAGAGCAUAUCAUUCACAUAAUAGACUUUGGAUUGGCCAAGGAAUACAUUGACCCUGAAACGCAAAAACAUAUACCUUACAGGGAACACAAGAGCCUAACUGGAACAGCAAGAUACAUGUCCAUCAACACACAUCUUGGCAAAGAACAAAGCCGGCGCGAUGACUUGGAAGCUCUUGGACAUAUGUUCAUGUAUUUCCUUCGGGGCAGUUUGCCAUGGCAGGGCCUUAAGGCUGACACACUGAAGGAGAGAUACCAGAAGAUUGGGGAUACUAAAAGAAAUACUCCAAUAGAUGUUCUCUGUGAGAACUUCCCAGAGGAGAUGGCUGCUUACCUCCGCUAUGUCAGGCGACUAGACUUCUUCGAGAGACCAGACUAUGAAUACUUGAGAACCAUCUUCACAGAAUUAUUUGAAAAGCGAGGAUUCACCUUUGAUUAUGCCUACGACUGGGUUGGCAGGCCAAUUCCUACUCCAGUGGGGCCUUUGCCUGUGCAUGUUGAAUCUGGACCAUCUGUAACAAGAGAAGUCCAUCCACACAGAGAUCGGUCCUUGAUACCAGUUCACCGGAGUCAGGGUUUAGAACGUCGAGGAGACUGGGAAGCCACGGCACCGAACAGGCAGGCCAAUGCUUUGUUCCUGACACCUCACUUGGCUACAGAGCGGCAUGGGGGAUCGGUUCAGGUGGUAAGUUCAACCAAUGGGGAGCUGAACACCGAUGAGCCAACGGGAGCCCCCUCCAAUAUACAACUGGCAGCACGCACUGAGGUGGAAGUAGUGGAGGAAGCUAACUGCCUGAAAAUGCUCAACUUGUGGUGCUGCUGCUUCUAUAAGAGGAAACGAAGGAAGUCUUCCCAGCGCCAGAAAUGACAGGUGUUUCCUUGAAAUCUUUGGGGGACUUUGUUUACCUGCUGUUCCUGCCACGUCUUAUUGAAUGGGGCUUCUCUUGGGGAGAGGACGAGAAACAAGGGACAUUUCCAAACCAAAAAGGAGAGAGAGCGUGCAAGAGAGAGGGAGAGGAAAGGGGAGAAUACCCAGAAUAAACAUUCAGGUGGAUUCCCUAAA